UUUACAGACCUCUCUCUCUUUUGCUUCAGCCAGAUGAAAAAAAGAAAAAGGAAACAGACGUCACUGGCGGUGAAAUCUUCACUAGUUCCCCAUUUCGCAGGCUUAGUGUCGCUUAUGUUGUCGGUUGGUAUGAAUCCCGCCUCGUCUGACUGUUCGGGCUGUUUUAGCAGCGCGCGAGCUUUUCCAGCUCCGAUGCAACAACAAGUGAGCUAGCUAGCUAGCUAGCAGGUUGUUGGGUUUAGGCUCACCGUCCGCCUCAGGUUCCUGCCCCCUCAGGUGUAUCUGAACAGGCAGGUGAAAGGGAAAGUGAAAGGCUCCGUCCAUCUGGCUCUUUCUGACUCCGGUCGCUGUUGGAUUCACAGACUAAACCAUGGCUAUGGCCUCUUUGUUUUUAAACGCGGAUGAUGCCUCUCCAGCCUCGCUGACAGACCUGUGCCUCACCUAUGUGAGCCAGAACCUGGAGUGUUUCUGCACCAAGCUGCCUGAUGGCUCCCUGUGCUUCAGGGAGGCUGUGCUCUUCCCUCAGGAGCUGGCAGACCAGCUUCUGGCCAAGAUGGCCACUGAAGGUCUUCUGAAUGACAGCACAGUGGGGGUGUUUAGGAACUGCGAGUAUCUACGGUUGAGACGAGCCUGUAUCCGUACAGCCCGGAUCUCUGCCGAGGCCUUCCAGAAAGCUCUAUGCCCGCACAGGCUGCUGGAGCUGGACGCCACCAGGGUCAACGCGGACCUCACCAUCCCCGACAUUCUGCAUCGGCUGGCCACCAACAAAUACUGUCAGGAGUCUCUUCAGCGACUAGUCUUAACUGGACUCACCAUGUGCUCACUGGUGGAGCAAAGUCGCUAUCGUUUCAGCACCCUGCUGGGUCUGCGCUCCCUCUCUCUAGCUAACGUGGACUUCUACGACUCCGGGCUGGUGGAUGUUUGCUCCCUGCCUCGGCUGGAGAGCCUGGAUCUGUCCAAUACCUCCGUCACCAACCUCAGCCCGCUGCUGGGCCUGAAGGAGCGGCUCCGCUCGCUGACACUACACCAGCUGAAGAGGCUGGAGAUGAGCACGGCUCAGCUGCUGGGAGUCAUCGGCCAACUGAAUGUACUGCAGCACCUGGACAUAAGCGACGAUAAGCAGUUUACCUCCGACGUGGCCCGUCAGCUGCUGGCACAGCGCGGGAUCCUCCCAGCUCUCGUUUCCCUGGAUGUGUCUGGGAGGAAGCAGGUGACGGAUGCGGCGGUCAGGGCGUUUGUUGAAGAGAGACCAGGGAUGACCUUUGUCGGCCUUUUGGCCACGGAUGCCGGCUUUUCCGACUUCCUCUCCGGAGAAGGAAACCUUAAGGUAACAGGAGAAGCUAACGAGACUCAGAUCUGCGAGGCGUUGCGUCGCUACAGCGAGAGGGAGGGCUUCGUCAGAGAAGCUCUGUUUCAUCUGUUCAGCCUAACUCAUGUCAUGGAGAAACCAAGGCCUGACAUUCUAAAGAAUAAUGUUUCUCGGAGGAAUCUGUUUACCCAGAGUCGGAGGUUUUUACAGGUUCUGCUUUUUUUUUGCUUUGUCUUUCUGCAGUUGCAGAAAAACUGCCUGCUGUCUCUGUGCAGCGAUCGCAUUUUACAGGAGGUACCAUUCAACAGGUUUGAAGCAGCCAAACUGGUGAUGCAGUGGCUCUGCAACCAUGAAGAUCAAAACAUGCAGAGGAUGGCGGUGGCUAUCAUCUCCAUACUGGCUGCUAAGUUGUCCACAGAACAGACGGCCCAGCUGGGAGCAGAGCUGUUCAUCGUCAAGCAACUGCUGCACAUUGUGCGUCAGAAGGCAAACCAGAACGUGGUGGAUGCAACCCUGAAGUUUACGCUGAGCGCUCUCUGGAACCUAACCGAUGAAUCGCCUACAACGUGUCGCCAUUUUAUCGAGAACCAAGGCUUGGAUCUGUUCAUUAAAGUGCUGGAGUCUUUCCCAAAUGAAUCCUCCAUCCAGCAGAAGGUUCUUGGUCUCUUGAACAACAUAGCCGAGGUCAGGGAGCUGCAUGCGGAGCUGAUGGUGCAGAGCUUCCUGGACCACAUCAGCGCUCUGCUGCACAGCCCCGAGGUAGAGGUCAGCUACUUCGCCGCAGGGAUCCUCGCACACCUGACAUCACGAGGAGAGGAGGCCUGGGUGCUGAGCCCGGGUCUGCGGUGCACGCUGCUCGAGCAGCUGCAUGCUGUCAUUAUGAAGUGGCCCACGCCCGAGUGUGAAAUGGUGGCCUACAGGUCCUUUAACCCGUUUUUCCCCCUGCUGGAGUGUUUCCACACACCGGGAGUCCAGCUGUGGGCAGCCUGGGCCAUGCAACAUGUGUGCAGCAAAAACGCUUCUCGUUAUUGCAGCAUGCUGCUGGAGGAGGGGGGCCUGGACCAGCUGGAGCUCGUUCACACGCACCCUCAGACCCACAGGGACGUCAAACUGCUGGCCGAGAGCAUCCUGGACAGCCUGCAGCGCCACAGAGCCCGCACAGGCCAGCCUGCACACACAGGGCGACGUCUGGCCCCCCAGUGACAUCACUAAGGCGACGGUGUUCCCUGAUGAGGAAGAGGACGUGAAAUGUGUGAGAGUGCAUGCGUGGGCGAGCCUGUUGCCCAUCUCGCACACAGACCAUCUUUAUAAAGACAUCAGAGACGAUGCAAACCUUUGCACACACUAACCUUAUUUAUUUCCGUUGUGUUCAAACCAGAAACUUUCACUGCGUGCCAGUCUCGUGUUGGAAAACUGAAAUUGCUAUAAGCUAAGUUUGUAUUUGUGCUCUUCCUCCUGACUGUGGGCACUUGGAUGUUUCUCAAGCCGGAAAGCGUCAGGAUGUGUCAGACUCCAAACACCUGAGCAGGGGGGGCGGGGUUUGCUGCUUCUGAUAAAUUCUCUAUAGUCGGAAAUUAUGGAUAAAUCUUUAAAUAUAUGCAUGACACUGCUGAGAGCUUUAGCAUGCUGGUGUGAAUGCUCGUACCAUGGAUUUUAUAAACAAGAGCUCCGAUCAGCUGGACGAAGCCUCCAGGUCUGCAGGCCAUCUUUUUUUCUUUCUGCUGAAGCCUUUAUCACCAUGCUACAAGGAAAAAUAAAACUUCACCUGGGAACAUUCAGAAGAUGGAAAUGCUCCUGAAGUUACUGAUCAUUUCCUGUAAAAUUCAAAACAACCUUGAAGCUAUAAAUCAUGUGAGAAACAUGCAAAGAAGAAAAGCCAGAGGAAGAUUUUACGGAAACGUCCUCUUUGGUUUCUGGAGUCUAAUGGAUAUAAUGAUGUGGUCGAUGUGUGUUUGUAUUUCUACAUUUCUCUCCACCCCUCAAUCGCCUGAAAGAGCUCCGGUUUCUACACUGUGUUAUCUCUAUACAGUGAGAGCAGAAUAGUAAUCUACCAGGGUGGGGUUCAGGUGAUUGCAUAGAGAAUUAAUAAAAAAACAAUUUAAUAUUUUCUCCUGGAUAUAAAUAGAAAUGAUGUUGAGACGCCUCUGCAGUCCUCAGGGUUCCUACACAUUGUCCCUUUAUUUUGUAAUGCCGUACUUUUCCCACCACUAAAUCGUCAAACAUAUUUUUUAUUUUGGUAAGACUCUGCACAUUUGGGCUGAAAGUGUUGAACUACAGAUGGUUUAUCACACAGCUGAGGUUCAUCAUCAUCCGCUCCAAUUGAACACCUGCUGUGUUUUAAAAUCUACCAAAUAAAUAAUGCCUUGCAAAAGUUUCUGAACUGUUGAAAACCUUUUUAGGAGACAAACAUAAGCUUCAGUGUGUUCUGUUUUUAAUAGGGAUCUUAUGCCAUACAUAAAGUAGCUCAUAUUUGUGAAUGUAAAGAUAAUUAUGCCUGGGUAUCAGCCUUUUCUUGCAAAUAAAAAGUCUGAAACGUGCGGCAUGUAUGUGUAUCCAGCCUCUAUGAGUCCAAACUUUGUUGAGUCGUCUUCAACUGUG